AUGUGCAGGUUGGGGCCCGACAGCAGGCAGCAGGCCCUUUGCCAGGGACAUGGCCUCAGGCUACAGUUGGGGAAGACAGAAGAGGGAAAACUUCUUCUAAGGAUCGAUAGCAGCUCAGCAGGGUCCGAGCAGAACCGGCCCCAUGCUCUGCGCACUGACCUUUCCCGCUCCCCGCAGGUCGCGCCUUCCUCCGCCAACAGUAACGAGCGGCAGUGCGCGGACACUGCCGCUGCCAGAGCGCCGCAAGGCUCAGCUCACUGCCCCCCGCUCCUGGCUCCAUCUCAGACACAGCAGCGACACAAGGACAGCUCUCUCCACAACUACACUAAGAACAAAUACUAA